AUGUCCACUGAACAGUCCCACCAAGUUCAUUUCCAUCAUCAAGCUAAUGGAAGACCAAUCAAGCCAAGGCAAUCUAGCUCCUGUGUGAAGCAGUCCAAAAAUCUGGAGGAAACACUAGUACAACUGUUGGAAGGGCAGAUAUGGCAGGGUCAAACAUGGAUAUUGUGGCCUCUUGCUGGAUCAGUUCCUGCAGGAAAGGGAGCCAACUGCCUGGCAGAGGGCAGAAUUGCAGCUGUAAUAGAUCCACAUGACAACUUGAUGAAUUGGUUCCUGAAUGAAUGGGAACCAACUGCUCCCCCAGUGGAUGGUAUGAAUGUGGAUCUACUCAAGCAAUUGCUGAAUGCAUGGGAACCAUUGGCACUGCCAGUCACACAUGAGACAUUAAACUGGAUGGAUGGGUCUUCAACACCUGCACAAGAUGUUACUAUGCAGGUCGAUUUUCUGGAAGACUUGCAGAAUGUGUGGGAACCAUCUCCUCUGCCCAUCACCCAUGAAUCAUCAAAUCUGAGGGACCAAUCUCCUCAACCUGAUUCUCCAACUAACCUGCUUGCUCAAUUGCAGGAUAUGAGGGAACCAAUGCCUCCCCCACUCGUUUCAAAUAUGAGGACAAUGGUGUAUUUGACUUUUGGCAUGCCUGAACAAUCAGAGAUGAGGGAUCUUUUUGAGGAAAUAUGCAACAUAUCUUGCUAUCAUGGAAACACCACUCCCAGUGACCUGCUGUUCAAUCCCACCCUUGAUAGGCACCUUGCACAGGCUGCGAAUGCCAUUGCAAGAGAAUUGGGCACAGCUGCAAGGGACCAGUAUGUCUGUGGUAGAGAUGGGUAUCCUCUACUUGGCAUGCCAGAUCGAGGUGGCCUCUGUACAUCUGAAGUAGACUGCCAAUAUCACAGGAUGGCCUGCACAUUGAAUCAGCCCAAUAGCUUGAUUCUGGUGAUGGUGUUGCAUGCCAGUUAUACUCCUCCCCUCCCAGCAUGCUACCAUGCAUACCUCAGACACCAAGAUGAUGAGCUGAUCCCAAUUCUGGCUUUGCAUUCCCUUGGUGGCUAUAUUGUUCCAUGGAAUAUGCAGUGGAUUCCCAAAGAUUGCAAGGCAAGGGAUUGUUUUCUGCAGCCUGAGAUUUUGUUAAGGGCUUAUGGCCAUUGCCUGAGGUGCCAAUCACAGACUGUCUUGAUGGCCAUAUUGAGGAGCAGGUGGUGGGCAUUGUGUGGGUUGUUGGGCAUGCUGCUUCAAUAG